CAAUCAUAUGAUGUGAGAGAGCUGUUGAGGGACAUCUAUAAGCAAGUGACGGGUGUUAAGUACAAUGGAGAGAAGGAGAGUGACAUAGCCGAUACGUUGCGCAAGUGUUUAAUAGGCAAAAGAUAUCUCAUUGUCUUGGAUGAUGUAUGGGAAGUAAAGGCAUGGGAUGAGUUAAGAUUAUGUUUUCCAAUCGGUAAACAAGGAAGCAGAAUCAUGUUAACAACUCGACUUGAACAUGUGGCAAUGGAAGUCGAGCACUGUACCGAUCCUUAUUCCCCUCAAUUCCUAACCACGGAAGCGAGCUGGAAAUUGUUGGAGAAAAAAGCAUUUCAAAAGGAAACUUGCCCUCCUGAAUUGCAGGAUGUUGGGGUACAAAUUGCAGAAUAUUGUAAAGGACUGCCUCUUACAGUUGUUUUGAUUGGUGGAAUUCUGGCAAAGAAAGAAAGGAAUGUCUCAGAGUGGUGUGAAGUUGCAAACAAUUUAAAGUCUCAUCUUGGAGCAGUUGAAAGUGAGAGCAACUUGGCAGUGCAGUUAAGUUACCGCUACUUACCGGAUCAUUUGAGACAUUGCCUUCUGACUAUGGGAGUAUUUAGGGAGGAUGAAAAAAUUGGAGCAUCUAAAUUGAUGUUACUCUGGAUGGCCGAAGGCCUCGUUCAAUGUAGUGAUGAGAGAGGAUUGGAGGCAGUAGCUGAAGCUUACUUGACCGAUAUAAUUUCUAGUAGCCUACUAAUGGUUUCAAAGACGACCUUUUAUGGCAAGGUGAAGUACUUGCAAAUUCAUGAUCUAGUGCGUGACUUUGUCUUAAACAAAGCUAAAGAAGAAAAGUUCAUGCAAGUUAUAGGGACACAUAACCAAUAUCAACCUUCAUAUGAUGAGGAACAUCGAGUGUGCAUUCACCUCGACCAUAAGCUUCGUCAUGAUUUGCAGAGAUUCAACAACAAAGUAGAUAGAUUCCUCACAAGCGGCUCCAAAAAAGGAACAUCUUUUGGACAAGAUCUUAAAUCGUUCUUUGUUACUAAUAACGUGGAUGAUUUUCUUGCUUAUAGAGAUUUUUGGGAUAGCGAGGCUAAUUUUCAUGGUACUGUUUCUGAAGAGUAUUUAUCUCGUUCGUAUCAUUUCUCUUCAGUUGGAGAUUUAAGACUUCUUAGAGUGUUGGAUUUCAAAGAACUGCAUUCCAGGGGAUUAUACGAAUAUAGAAGAUAUACUGCAAUCACUAGUUCACCUGAGAUACCUGGCAAUGUGUUUCGAAAAGUUUUUUUUCGAGUGGGUAUCACACAUGUGCGACCUGGAAACUUUACUGGUGGAUACUGA